AUGUUAAAAGAAGGAGGCAACAACAACAACAACUACAAUAACACAGUUUAUCACUUUAUCAUAGCACUAAAAAAAAAGUUGCAAAGCAAGCCGAAGACAUCACAACAAAUUGUAACUGACGGCAGCACCAUUCCAGUCCACUUCAGCCUCUGCGUCGAUGCACGGAGUACCUGGCAGGCAACGGAGCACUACAAAAACAACAACAACAUAUACAACAAAUACAACGACAAAAACAGCAAUAACAACACGAAUGGAGCGUCGAUGGACAACAUGGAAAGCAUUUGGAAUGAAUACUACCCAAUUAAUUAG